UGUAAACCGGAAGUUUUGAUAUCGUCUGUUUUUAUGGUGGAUUUGCAAUCUGUCAGAAGUGGCAUUGAAAACUUAAUAGCUUUGACAGAAGUUUUAAAAAUGCAUAUAUAUGCGUGAGAUAAUUGCAGGCUGAAUUAUCUGAGUGCAAGCAAUCUAAUGAACAAUGGAAACAGGGAAGAAAAAGGCCAAACAGUCUUUUUCAGUGCCGUCUGUAAAAUCUAAUGUCGUACCAGACAAAGAGGAGAAAGCACCAUGUUUUGAUAAAAGCAACUGUAAGAGAGAAGAUGAAAAAUCCAGAAAGGAAGGCUGCAUCGAUCUGAAACAGAAGAAACAGAAAAAGCAGAGUCCUGCAGCAGAUGGGGAUGUGCGUAAGCCAAGGAGGGUGGUUGGCAAGUCAUUGACAAAUGAAGAAUAUGAUGAAAUCUUCAUGGCAGUUUUACAGAGUGUCUCCAGCGCAGAGAGUCGUGGAGAAGUUUUAGAUGACUCUGAUGAUAAUGAGGAACUUAUUAAGGAAGAAUCUGACAUGGAUGAAACAGCUUGUGAGAUGAUCAUGGUGCAAGUGAUAGUAGAGGACAACAUGGAGAAUGAAGACAUUGACAAAUGGGAUAACAAAACAUCAUUAUCCAGAGAUGAAAAGGAGAAAGAAAACAAUGUGGAACAGACACCACUACCUGAGAUUCAGUUUACGAAACCUGACUCCACUGUUGAAGAUACAAUGACUUCUUUGGCAUUUUCUACCAAGUCAGUAAAACCCAAAAUAGACAAACAGGCCAGCAAACAUAAAGGUAUUUGUUCAGAUACAGUGCAUCCAACUUCCACAAGUGACACAAAGAAAGCGAAAAAGACAAGUUCACUUCCAAAGAAAAUUGGACAAGAAAAGAAAAAAGAAUCAAAGAAACCUGAGGCUUUUCUGAACAAGAAAGUGAAACGUGAACCAAAAAUCUCACUGAAAAAGAAGAUGAGUGAGAGGGAGCUUGAGACUAUAGGCACAUGGGUGCAGUGUGUGAACUGCUACUGCCUGAAGUGGAGAUAUCUUCAUAAUGUUUCUGACCCAUUAGCACUUCCAGACAGAUGGGAGUGCAGGAUGAAUACAGUGGAAGCUUUUAACAGCUGUGAGAAACCAGAGGAAAGAUAUGAUGAAUCUUGUCACAUUUUCACCAAGUACACAGAGGGUUCUGUUGUUCUGGCUAAGAUGGCUGGAUAUCCAUGGUGGCCUGCCAUGGUAGAGAUAGACCCAGAUUAUGACGCCUUCUUUGAAGUUGGUCAGCCAAACAGUAUGUUACCUACCCAGUACCAUGUGGUUUUCUUUGAUAAGAUUGUGUCAAGAGCCUGGAUCAACGUUGCCUCCAUAAAGCCAUUUACAGAAAUUGACGCGUUACCUAGAAAGUGCAAGGGUCAUGACUACACUAGGGAAGUCAAGAUUGCAACAGACAAUGCCAUUGCAGCUUUAGAACUUCCACUCAUGGAGAGGUUGAAGAAGUACAGCUUUUCAUCACGCUUUACUGGAAAAUGGGGAAGUUAUAAUAACAAUACUGACCAGGACAACACAAAGGACGAAAGAAAAAGGUCGAAGGUUUCAAGAUGUUCUACAAAGAGAAAAAUUGAUCAGGAGGACAAUCUUGUUGAUGAUGAAACGUUACAUCAAAUUCUCAACAAUUCACAGUCAGUGUUGUCUGAUGUUGCUGGAAUGUUGGAUUCAAUGGAAAAUGAUAACUUCAAUAGUAAUGCAGAUUCUGAAUAUCUGGUUUCAAAGCCAAAGACAACUGUUAAGAAAAGAAAGAUUGAGAGAGAUGAUAUUGAUCUUAAGGUUUCUGAUGCCAGAUGUGUAGAUUCAGAGAGUAUGAAGGAAGCUGCCAAGUUCGAAGUUGCCAAGCUAGACAUGGACAUAUUUACCAUGGAGUUAGGUUCUGUGCAACUUGAAUCACAAGACCAACUGAAUACUGAUGUUCAAGGGGAUGGUUGCUGCAGCACUGGUGAAAAUGUGGCUUUGCCAGACUGUGUCAUUACUGGAAAUAUCGAUGAAACAGGGGCAGCAGAAACGCUGGACACAAAUUCAGCAGGUAAGAAGAAGAAGUCUCAGAAGAAGAAAUCAGCUGAGGAGAAGGAUAAGAAACAAGACAAACCUAAAAAGACUAAAACUUCAGGAGAAUAUGAUGUCUGUGUGAAGGAAGAAAUGAGCAAAAAGAAAAAGAAAAACAAGGGAAAUGGAACAGCAAAUGUGUAUCCUGAAGUAAAUCUAGAAAAGAGCAAAAAGAAGACUAAAAAAGAACAAAAGACAGGAGAUUCUAGUAACAGAAAACCAGAGGAAGACAAUGUUGUUAAAGGAAAAAUGCAGGACAAAAUGAAAGGAAAGAAAUCUGACAAGUCACUGAAGUCUUGUGGAGGUGAUGGGAAACCUAAAAGUUCUGUUCUUGGGAUGUGCGGCUUUAAUAAAAUGAAGAUGAAGAACAAAUCUCAUGAAGAAAAGGAGGACAAUACACCUGCAAUCAAGACAGAACGUGAACAAAAACAGAAUAAGGACUCGGAACUGAAGACCAAUAUUAGACAAGACAAGACAACCAAGAAAAAGAAACCUAAAUUCAUCAAUCCAGUACAUGCUGCAAAAGAAAACAUUUCUAACACUUCAUGUUCUGACAAAAAAUCUGGGGAUAAGGAGAAUACUGAAGAUAAGAAAUGUAUGACAGACAUAAACAGUGAAAAUACAUUUGUCAAACCAUCCAGUCAAAAUAGCCAAAAAGAAAAGGUUUUACAUAAGGAAACGGAACAGGAUGUAAGUGAUGGUGAAUUGGAUUUAGAUUUCAACAUUCCUGUCCAAUCGACCGAUGACAAGGUUGAUAGUGAUGAUGAUGACUUUAUGCUAGAUGAGCCCAACACACCAACUCACAGAUCUACUGUGGUCAUUCAAGGAUUCAGAUCCCCUUGAUCUUAAAGAGUAAGAUUGUGUUUAAGAGGCUAACUUUCGUAUCCUCGUUAGGAAUGAACAUUUAUAUGACAAGUUUUGAGUUCGUCAAGUAUUUAAAAUAACAUUUUGUUUUGCAUUGUGAAAACAUCUAUGUAACUGUUUAAUUUAUUCAU